CUUUCCCCCCAAAGACCCUACUGCAACAGUACACAUUCAUUCACACACCCUUCACACUUCUUGACCCAUCACUCCCUCACUACACCAACACUACACUACACUACACCCUCUCUCUCAUCAUCAUCAGCAUCAUCUCAUAAAUUCUAUACCUGUACAUGGUCCCACUUACCCUCUGUUGCCGGAAUCGGAAACGAUGAACGGCGGAAGCACCGUUUCCUUCCGAUCCAUCCUCGACAGACCUCUUAACCAACUCACUGAAGAUGACAUUUCUCAACUCACUCGCGAAGACUGUCGCAGAUUCCUCAAAGAUAAAGGGAUGCGCAGGCCUUCCUGGAACAAAUCACAGGCGAUCCAGCAGGUGAUUUCUCUCAAAGCGCUUCUAGAACCUACCGACGAUGAUAUCCCGGCUACCGUCGGCGUUGGUGUCUCCUCCGCCAUUCACCACCAUCACCACCACCACCCUCCUCAACCUCCGCCGAAGGCUUUGGAUCCCGAAGAUACUGCUUUGGAACUACAGAAAUCCACUUCACCUGUUGCUGAGAGACCCACGGAAACCAAUGAUGCCAAUGUUGUUAACAAUCCCGGAGGGUGCGCACCUAGUGGGUCAUUUGGGCAAAUGACAAUUUUCUACUGUGGUAAGGUGAAUGUCUAUGAUGGAGUCUCGCCGGAUAAGGCACGAUCAAUCAUGCAGCUUGCUGCUGCAUGUCCGUCCUCCUUUCCUCAGGAUAAUCCUUCAAAUAAAAAUGCAGCAGUUUGGGCUUCUCCUUGCAACUUACCUAUUGAUAAGGAAGUCCUCUUCCCUACUGACACAGCAAUCCUUCAAGUUGCUCAAACAGAUAAGAUGGUGGAAUACCCUCUGCAAUACAGGGAGAAAGGAAGCACAGCUCGUGAUGCUGAUGUAGAGGGUCAGGCAAGCAGAAAAGUGUCACUGCAGCGAUAUCUUGAAAAGCGAAAGGACAGGGGAAGAUCGAAGGGCAAGAAACUGACUGGCAUAACUUCAUCUAACUUUGAGAUGUAUUUGAACCUUCCAGUGAAGCUCCAUGCCUCAAAUGGGAAUUCAAGUCGUAGUAGCACUGACUCUCCACCACAGCCUAGACUGCCUUUAGUUUCCAGUGGCUCAGCUGAAAACCAGCCAAAAGUUACCCUUCCCAUUGAUUUGAAUGAUAAAGAUGUUCAAGAAUGCUAAAACCUGAGACUAGAUAGAUUGUGCAGAUUUGAAACUCGUAGAUGAUUGAAGAGAACCAUGGGUGUAUGACUGAAGAGAAGAGACCAUAGCUUCUGGGAUCCUAUAAAAGAAACAUUGGGCCGAGACUAGAGUGGUCAAUUUUUAGUAGCUUUAACUGCUGGGAAAUUUAUUAUGUUUAGGAUAGUCUAGUUUCCUGCUGACCUGAUCAAUUUUGUAAUAACAGUUCUUUAGUUUCAUUUUAUCAUUCGGGAAUUUCUUGCUUCCGUGACUUGAGGUUUACUAAGUUAGUAAAAUGUAGCGUCAGGAGCAGCCAUUUUCCCAGGAAUAUGUGAUAUGUAAUGUAAAUUCAAUGUGCUGCUGCCUCUUCUUAAUUGUUAAUAGCUUUUGUAGCCUAAACCGGACUCUUGUUUUUAUUACUUUGAUGCUACCUUUUUUUUC